CCAGAGAGUUCGGGCUUCAUCAGUACCGAACGCUUCCGGGACCUGCUGGCGGCGCACGGCUCCGAGCUGGACCCCCACAAGCUGGAGAUGCUGCUGGCCCUGGCCGACGCCAACGGCAAGAUCUGCUACCAAGACUUUGCCAACCUGAUGAGCAGCAAGCGCUCCAACAGUUUCCGUCGGGCGAUCCUGCAGGGCAGCCGUCAGCUGAAGGGGGCCUCGCUGCGGGAGGAGGUGGGCCUGGGCCUGUCGCAGCGCCUGGUGCGCCACAUCGCCUACGAGACGCUGCCCCGCGAGGUCGACCGCAAGUGGUACUUCGACAGCUACACCUGUUGCCCGCCGCCCUGGCUCAUACUCACCAUCACCAUAGCUGAGAUGGCGGUGUUCAUGUAUUAUGGUCUGCAGCUGGACCGGUGGGUGCUGCAGGUGUCUUCUCCGGGCUUCCUGAGGGGGCCGAUGCCCUACCACCCGCGGCUACGGGCGCAGGCCUGGCGCUUCCUCACCUACGUCUUCAUGCACACGGGGGUCGAGCACCUGGGUCUGAACAUGGCCAUGCAGCUGCUGGUGGGAGUGCCCCUGGAGAUGGUGCACGGAGCGCUCAGGAUAGGCCUCGUCUACGUCUGUGGCGUACUGGCAGGGUCUUUAGCGGUGUCCGUGACAGACAUGACAGCGCCCGUCGUGGGCUCAUCGGGAGGAGUGUACGCUCUGGUGUCUGCGCACCUUGCUAACGUUGUCAUGAACUGGUCAGGUAUGCAGUGCCAGUUCAAGCUCUUCCGCAUGGCCAUGGCCCUGGUGUGCAUGAGCGUGGAGUUCGGCCGCGCCGUAUGGCUGCGCUUCUACCCGCCGGCCUUCCCGCCGUGCCCCAACCCCAGCUUCGUGGCCCACCUGGGGGGCGUGGCGGUGGGCCUCACCCUGGGCGUGGUGGUUCUGCAGAACUACGAGCAGCGCCUCCAGGAGCAGUCGCUCUUCUGGAUCUUCUUCUGCGUCUACGCGCUCUUCGUCACCUGCGGAGUCUUCUGGAACGUCUUUGCCUACGGACUGCUCGACGUCAAGCUACCUCCUAUGCCAUGAAAACAUUACGUGUUUCGCUCACGUUGGGUUUUUGUUUUGUUUUGUUUUUGCGCGUGGCUGUAACUGUAACUUGACGUCAAGCUACCUCCUCCUCCACCGUAAAAAUGUGCGUUCCUCACUUUUUUGUGAGUGGAUUUAACUGUAAUUGAGGUCAUCUUGCGUAGUCCAGACCGGGACGCGAACCCACGAGCUCACAGCAAACUCUGGCAUAGGAGGCUGGUGCGCCAACAAGCGAGCUAAAGAACUGGCCACUAGCGCUUUCAGCAUGUCUGCAUGAGACGUUUGAAUGGAGUUACUAACGUUCUCUGCUUGCUGGCAUUGCUUCCACAGACAAGACUGACUGUUGUGGACAUACA